AUGAAAGAUUUUGCUAGAAGUUUGAGUCCAAAUAGACAAUCCAAAAGAAGCCCUUGGAAAUAUUUACAGAACAAUAUUACGACCCACACUGCUGAGCAGAUGCCUAUGAGAAAUUUGCUCUCUGAGUACAGGAAGCAGGAAGAUAUGAUGCAAUACGUUUUCAAUUGCUUCACCAGAGGAAGACCUGUCAAAAGAGAUGAGUACAAAACCAAGCUCACUCUAAAUGACUUCAAAUAAACCAAAAAGGGGCAAAAAGAAGAGACGAAGAAGGCAUAGAAAGAAUGAAAAUGACGACCAAGAUGAAAAUACAAACACUAGUUUUAGCUCCGCUAAUUCUGAAAAUAGUACCAAAAAGGUCAGAAGAUGAAUGACAGAUCCUAAGAUUCUUGAUGAUAAAUAUCCUUAUAAGAAAAUUUUUAUUAAAGACAAAAAAUCAGGAAAAUUUACAAAGAAAGGAUCUAGAGAGAGUGUAAAUCUGGUGUAG